UGUCGAGGAGGCCUACUUGUGGGAACAGACAGACGGCUCUUAACUUUGCCACCGCCCUCCAAGGAGUUUAAACUGAAAUCUUGUAGUUAAUCUCCUCUGCACUUCAAAGCACGUUUUCACUGGCUCCAGUCCGGAGCUGCUUUUCCCCAAACGAAGCAAAACUCCUCUCUGGAGAUGAAAAUCUCUGUUGUGUCCAAGAAGCUGUGGUGCGUCCACAAACAGCUGGUUCUUGUGCUCACUCCACUGGUGUUUCUACCUUUGCUUUUUACCCUACCGGAAAAGGAGGGAAAAUGUCUGUAUGUGGUGGUGCUGAUGGCCAUGUUUUGGUGCACAGAGGCCCUUCCUCUGGCUGUCACUGCCAUGCUUCCAGUCUGCCUCUUCCCAACGCUGGGCAUUCUUCCAUCCAAGAAGCUAUGCCCUCAGUACUUCCUCGAAACCAAUUUUCUCUUCCUGAGCGGCCUUGUGAUGGCCUCGUCCAUCGAGGAGUGGGGCCUGCACCGCCGAAUAGCCCUGAAGGUUCUUAGUAUUGUCGGGGUGCAGCCAGCAUGGCUCAUACUGGGAAUGAUGCUGACCUCGUCCUUCCUGUCCAUGUGGCUUAGCAACACGGCCACAACUGCCAUGAUGCUGCCUAUUGCUAAUGCCAUCCUGGAGAGUCUGUUUGGGGACCUGGAGACACUGAAAGAGAAGUGCAAGUCCACAGACGAUCCUGAAGGUGAUAUAUUAAAUGGUCAGUCUACUGUAAAGCUGCAUUCACUGCCCUCAGUGCCCACGGAAAAACAAAUACUAUCAAUAGACGGGAUGGAUGGAAAUGAGCCGAGCGACACAAGGACAUCCGAGGAGACCCGUUCAGAGGCCCAGUAUCAGCUGAAGGUGUGGAAAGGGUUCCUGAUCUGUAUUCCUUAUGCGGCCAGUAUCGGAGGGACCGCUACGCUGACGGGCACAGCGCCCAACCUCAUCCUGAUUGGACAGCUGAAAAGCUACUUUCCAGACUGCGACCUCGUCAAUUUUGGUUCCUGGUUUGCGUUUGCUUUCCCGCUCAUGCUUCUCUUCCUGUUUUUGGGAUGGAUUUGGAUCGCAUUUCUCUAUGGGGGAUUGACUACACGAUUGUGUUUCAAGAAACAUGACCAGCGAGCCCAAGCAGAGGCCAGAGCAAAGGCUCUAAUAAAGGAAGAUUACAGAAAACUAGGGCCCAUAAAUUUUGCAGAAGGAGCGAUCUCUUUCUUCUUUGUACUGUUUGCCGUUCUCCUUUUCACAAGAGAUCCCAAAUUUGUCACUGGCUGGUCUGUGCUUUUCAAAAAAGGGUACGUCUCAGACGCAGUCACCGGGGUGAUCAUUGUGUCCAUAUUGUUCUUCUUCCCGUCGCAGAAACCUUCUCUGAGCUGGUGGUUUGACCCUAAAGCUUCAAAUACUCCAUAUGUCCCCCUCUUAUCGUGGAAGAAAGCCCAGGAUUCUGUUCCCUGGAACAUCAUCCUGCUGCUCGGAGGCGGAUUUGCUAUGGCUAAAGCUUGUGAGGAAUCUGGACUCGCCUCCUGGCUCGGAGGCCACCUCCAGCCUUUGGCUGAGGUCCCUCCCGCUGCAGCUGUGAUGUUGAUCACUGCUUUCCUGGCCUGUUUCACUGAGUUUGCCAGCAACACGGCCACAAUUAUCAUAUUUCUACCCGUCAUUGCUGAACUGGCUAUUCGUGUGUCGAUCAACCCUCUGUACUUUAUGAUACCUGCGACAAUAGGAUGUUCAUACGCCUUCAUGCUGCCAGUGUCCACACCACCCAACUCCAUCGCCUUUGCAUCAGGACAUCUCAUGGUCAAAGACAUGGUGAAAACUGGCCUGGUCAUGAACAUUCUGGGCGUCCUCUCGGUCUCUCUGGCCAUGAACACGUGGGGCAUUCCCAUGUUUAACUUGAACACGUAUCCAGACUGGGCUGAGCCCAUCAACGCAUCUGCUUUUCCUAGUGAUGUGCGCUUGUCUUCUGUCCAGUCAGCGAACACUACGCUCUGAUCGCUCACUCAGUCUCAGCAUAUAAGCACAGAAGAAGUUUCAGAGGAUCGUAUAGAGAUUUAACACCAAACAGGGACAAAAGUCCGUCUGCAGAUGUCUGCUUUGUGUCACUGAGACGUCACAACUCUCUGGGAACUUCAGUUGUUACCUGUUAAGAUGAAAAUAAUAAUAUGCUAAAGUGUCUUUGUGGGAUCUCAAGAGUCAGGAUUUCAUGCUGUGAACUGUUAGGUUUGGCACACUGCGAGUUUUAAGUUAAAAACAAGCUGCAUUAUUUUACUCUCUGCCUUGUUGAAACUGGACAGGAGAGAAAUUUAACCUCAAAAUUAACACCAGACAGAGUUUUUAUUUGUGAAACUCCUGCAGAUGUGUGUGUUGUUUGUUGAUGCUACUUGGCUCACCUCUGCCAGAGGAAUGAAAGAGAUCUCUGUGAAUAAUUCUUUUAAAGUAUAUAUUUUUGGUCUAAAUCACAAAGAGAUUAUGUUACCUGUUUAUGGACUACAUGGUGCAUGUUUAGUGGCCAAAGUUGUAGUGCAUGAACUCUAUUUUAAAUCUUUUCUACAUAGAGUAGGAAUGCUUACUAAUGAAUGUGUACAUUUUGCAGUGGUGGAAACCGAGUAAGUGCAUUUAAUGAAGUACUGCGCUUAAGUACAAAUUUGACUUACUCAUACUUCACUUGACUACUUUCUUCUCACACCACUUUCUUCUACUCCACUACAUCAGGGAAAUGUAGGGAAAUAUUGUACUUGUUGUUCACUACAUUUAUCUGACAGCUUUAGUUAGCAGUUUAGUUAUUUUAGAAAGUAAGUUUUUUACACCAAAACAUUUGAAGGAGUUUGAAAGAUAGCAUGUUUUGUUCAAAAUUAAAAGCUGCCUAACAGUUUAUACAAGUACAACUGAAAUUGCUGGCUGAUUAAUGAAUUAGUUGAUUGACAGAAAGGAAAUUGGCAACUAUUUUGAUGAUGCUUUAAGUAAUUUUCGUGUAAAACAUUUAAUGAUUACGGCUUCAAGACUUGUGAAGAUUUCCCGCUUUUCCUUUCAAUUAAUUUAAUCAUUUUAAUGUAGCUUUAACAAUUUUGAAGUUUGGUUGGACAGACCAGAUGCUGUGAAGGUGUCACUGGCUAAUUGUGACAACAUUUGUCACCACUUUCAGAAUUUUUACAAAGCAAACAAUCACUUAAUGAAUGUUGAAAACAAUCAGCACCUCAAUCCAUAAUCACUAAUUGCAGUCCUCUACAAAACAGUUGAAAAUGUGCUUCACCUCAGCCAACUACAACAGUAAAAUCCUGCUUUUAUAUUAACACUCGAGUAAUAAACAUCACAGGGGGCAUUUUUUUUCCUUUUAAAACUUCAACUACAUUUUCCUGAUGAUACUUAAAUGCUUUUACCUAAGCAAUAUUUUAAGGCAGGCCUUUAACUUAGAGUAUUUUUACAAUGUGGCAUCAGUACUUUUACUUAGAGAAAAGAUCUGAAUGCUUCCUCCACCACUGACAUUCGGUUACCAAUGUGAUUCAAAUAAGUGUAACUGCUGUUACAAAUAAAAUCUGUAUUAUGAUAACUUUUGCAUGUGAUCUCUGUAUUCCCUGUAGUGACUUCACAUAGCAGAGUUUAUUAAAGGACCUUGUUAUCAGAAUAUUUGCAACUGCUAAA